AUGAUAUAAAUGAAAAUGUCAAAACAAUGUGCGAAAUGUCAACCUUUUUUCCUUUCUCUAUAUCCGGUCAGCCGUAUAAGCCUUCAUCAAGAUGAGGAAAAUUAUGAAACCAAAUAAAAUUGUAAUUGUCCUAAGUGGACGUUACGCUGGCCGUAAAGCGAUUAUUGUCAAGACUGUUGAUGAUGGUACAGGCGAGAAACCAUUUGGUCACGCGUUAGUAGCCGGCAUUGAUAGAUAUCCACGUAAAGUUACUAAACAAAUGGGUAAAACUAAAUUGAAGAAAAAAUCGAAAAUAAAGCCAUUUUUAAAGCUUCUAAAUUACAAUCAUCUGAUGCCCACACGAUAUACCGCCAGCGAAAUUACAUUUGAUAAAUUAUCGGCCAAGGAUCUAAAAGAUCCAGUUAAAAGGAAAACGCAUCGUUUUCAAACACGUGUCAAAUUUGAGACGUCAUAUAAAGAAGGCAAAAACAAGUGGUUUUUCCAAAAACUACGUUUCUAAAGUGUAAAAAAAUUUUUUUUAUUUGAAAAAUUUGAAAUAAAAAUAAAAACAACAACAAACAACAACAGUUUUCGUAUGUUUCGUUUAUACUAAGAAA